CUGGUCUCCCCCUCAUAACAGCACCAUAGAUAUAAUGUAAAGGCUUUAUGUAUUUAUAUCUGUGAGCAGCACCAGGAAAUGGAAGUGAUGACGCCGCUGAUGAUGAUGAUGAUGAUGAUGAAGGGACGGACUUUCAGGCUGAGCAGACGGACUGAGUGACUAACGGCACUGACAACUUCCAACACUGUACGUUUCUGAGACGCAUACAUAAAACUGGACAUAUUUCAACUGGUUCAGAGAAGAUGAGCGACGCGGAGAAGCCCAGAGUGGAACUUUUCGUGAAGGCAGGAAGCGAUGGCCAGAGCAUCGGCAACUGUCCUUUCUCUCAGCGCCUCUUCAUGGUGCUGUGGCUGAAGGGAGUGGCCUUUGACGUCACCACGGUGGACAUGAAAAGGAAACCAGACAUUUUGAAGGACCUUGCGCCGGGUGCGAUGCCUCCCUUCCUGCUGUACAAGAGUGAGGUGAAAACUGACACCAACAAGAUUGAGGAGUUCCUGGAGGAAAACCUCGCUCCUCCAGAGUGUCCCCGUCUGGCUGCUCGUAAUCCAGAGUCCAACACGGCAGGCAUGGACGUCUUCUCCAAGUUCUCCGCUUACGUCAAGAACUCCAACCCUCAGGCCAACGACAAUCUAGAGAAAGGUCUGCUGAAGGCUUUGAAGAAACUAGACGACUACCUCGGCUCCCCACUUCCUGACGAAAUCGACGAGAAUAGCGCCGAUGAGGUCACUUCCUCAUCGCGCCCCUUCCUGGACGGGCAAGAGCUCACUCUGGCCGACUGCAACUUGCUGCCCAAGCUGAACAUCGUGAAGGUGGUGUGCUUGAAAUACAGAAACUUCAGUCUCCCUCAGUCUCUCACAAACCUGUGGCGGUACCUGAACGCCGCCUACGCCCGGGAAGAGUUUUCCUCCACCUGCCCGAACGACGAGGAGAUCCACAUUGCCUACUCCUCCGUAGCCAAGGCUCUCAAGUAGCAGGCCAAUGGCAGGGGAACAUAUGAAGGAUAUACUCGCAGAGGAACAUGCAAAAAGUAUAAAAACAAAAGACGCGCAAGCACACACACACACACACACACACACACACACACACACAAAAUACUGUUUUGUAAAAAAACAAGUCUGCAAGCCACAUGUUCUACUGGUCCCCCUGCUGAUCGUUAGUGCCUGUUUAACAUCUGCAUGGUCUUCUCUGUAAAGCUUUACAUCACCUUUGAUAACAUAGUUUUCCCUUUGUUUUUGUGUUCUUUUUUAUUGAAACAUGAUCAUCUUAUAGCAGCAGGGAAACAAACAAGGAAGUGCAGGAGUCAGAUAACCAUUCAAGCUUGUUAACCGUCCAAAUAUCAGUCUUUUCAGGAUAUAAACACACUUCUUGUGAUGUAACCAUCACGUUGCUUCAACAUGUACAUGUUCAUACAAUUCACUUUUGUUUUCUUUUAACUACAGCCUUGUACAGUUUUUGAUGCUUCUUCCUCCACUCUUAUCUUGAUAUUUCCUUCCACAUGUCCUGGAUGUUUUGGGAGUAAUUUCAACAGACACAAAGCUGCCUACCAGAUCAGACCUUCGCUAGUACUUUGCAAACCUCUCACAGUAGAGCUGGGUAUCGAUUCAAAUGUCAAGAAUCGAUUCGAUUCCGAUUCUUAAUAUUCAGAAUCGAUGAUCAUGAUUCGAUCCGAUUCGAUAUUGAUUUGGCUUAGUGUUAUUUAAAAUGUUUUUUGAGCUGUUGCAUGAAUUAUAUGACUGUAAAAUAACUAGUGAAAUAAUAAUUUCACAAUAAUUAUUGUGAAAUAACUAAGAAAUAAAUAACUCAAACAGGCCUUUCAAUAUCAAUUUAAAGUGCAAAAAAGAAAGAAAUUGCAACAGUUCAUGCAGUAAACAAAUCAUUUUAGCUUAUCUAAUUUAUUCUGUCACCACGCACACAUAUCGCCAUGAAGCACCUGGCAUUUUUCAGAAGUGUCAUGACAAACUGUGUGUCCGACUACUGGGAUUAAAGUUCACCUGGCGAAAAAAAAACCGAUCUUUAGACAUAAGAAUUGAUUUUUAGGAAUUAAUAUGAGAAUCGAUUUAGAAUCGGAAAAUUGAUUUCUUUCAACACAGGCCUAUCUCACAGGCCGAUUAACCUCCCCACCUCCAUAAUUAAGGAAGUGACAUUUGCGUACCAGCAGCAGCAGCUCACCUGCCAAAGAGUCUUUUGUGGUUUCAGCUGUGAUCACAGAUGUUUUCACAUGGGCUUUUAUCACCAGAGGGAACACAGCCUGUUAUAGUUAGCGAGAGCAUCUUCUGCAGCGUCAGUCCGUCGUGCUGCGCUGCAGAGAGGAAGGGGGCGUGCACCGGCUCUCGCGCUGGAAACAGUUAAACAGGAAAUGCUUUUAAAAGAGUCCGGGCUUCCCCUCUCGGCGCUCCCGCUGCAGGCGUGAUCCAUUUGUGACUGUAAAGGCGUCUAGCCAACAAUUCACUUGUUUUGCCUGUUUUUAAUGGAAGGAGGUUGAAAGCGUGUUGAAUUCAGUAAACUAUAAAAAAUUAGGAAAUCUAAAAGUAAGCUUGCCCAACAUUAAAACCUGAAGUACCUUUAAUGGCUUCUGUUUAAGCGGCUGCUGCCUUCACUUCAGCAGCGUUGUGUGUGCGUUGCUGAACUGCUGCAUCAGCGUGGCUUGUGUGUAUCCACACACGCACACGUUCUCUGCAUUUAUGGCCACAAACGUAGAGAUGUGUGUAUUCCAUUGCUGACGUGACUAUAAAGUGAAGACAUCCUGUGUGCACACUGAAACUACCACGAAGGUGUAUUGUAACUGAUAUAAGUUGAAAAUGAGUGGUGGGAAGAGAGGUGGUCUGUUGCUCAUUACUGUCUAUCUGAACUAACUCUGCACGCAUUCAGAGAAACACGACAAGUCCAAUCACAGAUUAGAUUUACUCUGAACAACUAGUGCCCACGUACUCCAAACAUGUCCAACUAAAAGGUCUAGCUUUUGUUUUUUUUGUUUUUUUUGUUUUACCUCUAGUUACAAAAAUCCUGUUUUGCCUAUACUUUCUGUCAAAUUUCCAGUUUAUUUUCAAUAUCUUUGGUGACUAUAUCUCUGGUACUGCAGAAAAAAAACAUUUCAAACCCAAGUAUCCUGAGAGGAGGACACAUGAAUUCUCAGAUUUUUAUACACAUAUAUAUAUAUAUAUAUAUAUAUAUAUAUAUAUAUAUAUAUAUAUAUAUAUAUAUAUAUACAUACAUACAUACAUACAUACAUACAGGACUGUCUCAGAAAAUUAGAAUAUUGUGAUAAAGUCCUUUAAUUUCUGUAAUGCAAUUACAAAUCAACUGAAAUAUUGCAAGCCUUUUAUUUUAAUAUUGCUGAUUAUAGCUUACAGUUUAAGAUUAAGAUUCCCACAAUAUUCUAAUUUUCUGAGACAGUCCUGUAUAUAAUCUUUUUUCUGUCUUUUAUUUGGGGAUUUUCAGAAUAAAAGGACAUGUUACCGUCACCAGCCUUAAAUCUGAUAUACACUGUGUGCAAUUCCUGGCUGUCUUAGAUGAGUUAGUUGCUGUUGCUAAUUUCAACAAGUUCAUGGGCUUUACAGUUUUGUGGUGGCGACUGCCUGUGUGAAAACCUUGUCCCAUGAUGUUUUAGACACAAAAGGACCCUCUUUUGCAGAGGGGUGUUCAAAUGGGACUCAUAAAUGCCAUGGAGGGAUAUGUGCAAAAUUCUUAAAAGAAAAUUGGUUGGUAAUAAGGUUAAAUUGGAGGCGAGGGUUUGUGGCCUAACCAUCUUCUCCUCACAUCCCCGCUCCAGCAGCUCAGCAGGUAACAUCGUGAUACAGUCAUGAGAUGGCCAUAUUUGCACAGCGCGUGACCACCGUUGUUCUUUAAACCUCGUGUCCUCAGAAACGCCUAGCGGACGCUCCACUGUCCAGCCCUGGAAGUCUGCUCUUCUGAAGUCUGCUCUGUUUAAAUUGACUUGAAGUAAAAUCACCCUGGGGAAACUGGAGCUAAUGUCAACAUGCUUCAUCUAACUGUUGUGGCUGUUGUUGUUAAACAUGUUACGGUUUAAAGCUCUUCAUGUGAAGUAGUGUCUCUCCAAUCAGAAGGAGACUUGUUUGACAGGGAAAAGAAACUGAAGUGCAAUUCACACAGAUUUCGAUUGUUUGAGAAAUGUGUUGUAAUAAAGUGAACUAACCCCUCCUUGAAGAGCUGUUGUCUGUUGAUGAAGGAGUUUAUACAUUUUAUCGCUCUGUACUGAUGGGAAUUUUAUCUUUGUAUGUUUUUUUUCUCAAGUAAACUAAUGUUUAAAGGAUUAAAGUCUGAAUAAUCUCACUGCUGAUAUACCGUAAGGUUUAUUUCACCAGGUAUGGAAGAGAUGAUCACUUUUUACUACAGAAUUAUUAGUUUCAAUUGUUAUUUUAAUUACCGGUAGUUAAUUUCAUUUGAUAUCAUCGGUGUAGUUUUUUUUUUUUUUUCACUCAAAAUUUUAACCCUUUUUUAAAAUCUUAUGUGCAUAUUCUUUGUGACCGAUAUUGUGCUUUUGGCUUUUGUCUCUCUCCAUAAUGUUGUCAUUGUUAAAAGCAGCUGCACUUAAAAGUCUGCACGAUCAAAGCGCUCAGUGGACUCGAAUCAACAAUGAACACAAACUAAUACCACACCCCAAGUGUAUUUUGUACUUAAAAGAACUCACAUUUAAUAAUUUCCCAAUAAAUGGUCUUGAUAAUAA